UUCAGCGCCCUCUUCCGGUCGGAUCCCGGAAGCGCAGCGCUUCCUCCUUCUUCCUGCUCUCCAAUGUUCGUCGUCCUUCUCCUCCUCCGGCUCCAUUUCGACGGGAUUUUUCAUCCUCCUAACCGCCCCGGAUCAGGACACGACCGCGUCUAAGGUGGGGAAAAAAAUGUCCGGAGAAAGGCAGAGGUCAGACGACGAGAGUCCCAGCACCAGCAGCGGCAGUUCAGACGCCGAUCAGAGAGAUCCUCCUGUAGCAGAAGCCGAGGAGCAGGAAGAGAGGAAGCAGCCCACACCUCCACAGCAGCAGCAGAAGAAAGCAUCCAAACAGUCCAGCAAAACUCCAGCCAAGCUGUCGUCCAGCGCCAAAAGAAUCCAGAAGGAGUUGGCUGAGAUCACUCUGGAUCCUCCACCCAACUGCAGUGCGGGACCUAAAGGAGAUAACAUCUACGAGUGGAGGUCCACCAUCCUGGGUCCUCCUGGGUCCGUUUAUGAGGGUGGCGUCUUCUUCCUGGACAUCACCUUCUCCUCAGACUACCCCUUCAAGCCUCCAAAGGUGACGUUCCGUACACGGAUCUACCACUGCAACAUUAACAGUCAGGGAGUGAUCUGUCUGGACAUCCUGAAGGACAACUGGAGUCCAGCGCUCACCAUCUCCAAGGUCCUGCUGUCCAUCUGCUCACUGCUGACGGAUUGUAACCCUGCGGAUCCUCUGGUGGGAAGCAUAGCCACUCAGUAUCUGACCAACAGAGCAGAACAUGACAGGAUAGCUCGGCAGUGGACCACAAGAUACGCCACAUAGAUGCUGGCAGCUUUCCUCCUGUCCUCAACCCCCAUAUCCUUCCCUCCCAAAUACCCCCUCUUCCUCAACUCACCUCAGCUCAGCUCACCGACAUCACCCCCUCAGACCCCUCCAAAUCUCCUGCCGGAGUGAUCGGAUCCUGGAGAGGCAACUUAACGACGUGCAGCGAAUCUUUAUAGCCUUUACAAUACGGACUUGUGUGUAUAUAUAUAUAUACACACUCACACACACACAUACACACACAUAUAUAAAUAUAUGUCCCCCUGAAUCUGCCUUGUUUUCUUUCACCCAACUCAGACUGAGGCAACAGACGAGAUCCAGCCAAGCUAAACGCUAACGGUGUAGUUUUUUUUUUCUUCUUCUUCUUCUUCUUCUUCUUCUUUUGUAGCUGUAGAUUUUAGUUCUGUUUAAAUGCCUUCUCGCAAGUCUUGCUUCUUUGGGAUAUUAAAAAAAAAAAAUGUAUUUUGUGAUGUAUUAAGGAAACUGUUCCUAAAAGGUCAACCAAAUAUUAUGGUUCAUUUAGUCUAAACCAUUAUCUGUAUGAUGUUAUAAAAGUGGAAAAGCAUCUAGGUGUAGAAUAUUAAAGACUAUGUGAUUUCUCCGAGUCCCCCCGGAGCCGUUUCCCGUUCUGUGAUGACCCGAUGUUGUGAAUCUGUUCUACCUUUGUCACUUUGUAAUGAAGAGAAGCUCAUUGACCGUUUUGUAGCUCGGCUAAAAUGAGCCACCGAUGUAAUAUCUCCUCAUACAUAAUAAAAAAUAUAUAACCUGUC